ACCACAGCUGUUGAGAUAAGUGCUUUUUCAUUCAGAGAAAAGUACUUUUGAAGAUAAGAAGAAGGUGUCCGAGCAAAUUAAGCCGAUGGCGAACACUUCACUACUAUCUGCAGUAGCUAAGAGAUUGGAAGGGAAAGUAGCCCUAAUCACGGGUGGGGCCGGGCGCCUCGGAUCCGCAACCGCAAAACUCUUCCACGAGCACGGUGCUAAAAUCUUGAUAGCCGAUGUCCAAGACGAUCUCGGCCGUCGGAUCUGCAAAACCCUAUCCCCACAAACCGCAUCGUACAUCCACUGCGACAUCACAAACGAAUCCCACGUCGAAAACGCUGUCGAAGAAGCAAUCUCCAAGCACGGAAAGCUAGACAUCAUGUUCAACAAUGCGGGCGUUAUGGGGCCCACGAACACAGACAUGCUCGUAGAAACCAAAUCCGACUUCGAGCGCGUUCUUAAUGUCAACAUCACCGGAACCUUCCUAGGAACCAAGCACGCGGAACUCCGCCGUGGAACUGGGGCGGCACGGGAUUCGCGUGAACUGUGUGUCGCCGUACGCCGUUCCGACGCCGAUGGCGAGGAAAUACUUGGCGGCGAUGAGUACUUCCGUAGGGUUUACUCCAACCUGAAAGGAGAGGAUAUUCUCAGGGAGGAUGACGUGGCGGAGGCGGCGCUGUACUUGGCCGGUGAUGAAUCAAAGUACGUACACGUGAGUGGCCAUAAUCUUGUGGUUGAUGGUGGGUUUUCCGUUUUGAAUUAUGGGUUUUCCAUUUUUGCUGAUCCUUAA